UUGGCGCGGGCCCGCGAGCCUCCGGGGUCGUGACAUCGCCGAGCAACAAAAAGCCCUGGCGGCCGGCGGCCACCCCCGGCGAUCGUGCGGUGCGGUGCGGGAGGCGGGAGGCUGGCGGGGCACCCGAACGCUCCGGCGGCAGCAGCUACUCCCCACCCUUUUUUUUUUUUUUUCCCUCCCUUCUUCCCUCCUCUUUUCCCUCCUCCCUCCUUUCUUCUUUCUUUUUUAAGGGAGCGGAGAAAAGUCAAGCUUCAUGUUUGCUGCGAGAGUCUCAGUAAAUGCCCAUCUGUCUGAUGCGGGUGAUGCAAAGGACAUUUUUUAAGCGGAGCCUUUAAACUCCAUAGACACAUAGGGACCCAUUCACGGGCAGGCACACGCGCACACACGCGAGGAGGAGGAAGAAGAAGAAGAAGAAGCAACAACUUUUCGAUCGCUGCUUUUAAAAGGGAGAAGCCCUUCCCUGGCCGGGACUUGCCUUCUGCCUCCUCAACCAGCUGCUAAAAGUAUGUUUCUGAGGCGGACUGUACUUCAGGGAACUUCUAUUUUCUGCUCGGCAGCUGUAAAGGAGCAGCAGCGAAGUUUGGAGUAACACCAAGUGAUGCGGGAAAAACACCCCGAGAGCAGAACACCCUCCUGCAGACACAACCCCUGCUGCUGCACACAGGUUGAUGAUGGUUGCCGCGACCCGCUCCCUCCUGGCGCUGCUGCUCUGCCAGGUGCUGCUGGGCGGCGCGGCCGGGCUGAUGCCGGAGGUGGGCAGGCGGCGCUUCAGCGAGCCCGGCCGCGCCGCCUCGCCCGCGCAGCGCCCCGAGGAUCUCCUCGGCGAGUUCGAGCUCCGCCUGCUCCACAUGUUCGGGCUGAAGCGGCGGCCGAGCCCCGGCAAGGACGUCGUCAUCCCCCCCUACAUGCUGGACCUCUACCGCCUGCACGCCGGGCAGCGCUCGGGGCAGCCGUCGGCGCUCGGGUACCCGCUGGAGCGGGCGGCCAGCCGCGCCAACACCGUGCGCAGCUUCCACCACGAAGAAGUUUUGGAAGAACUGCCAGAAACAAGUGGGAAAACAGCACGGCGUUUCUUCUUUAAUUUAACUUCCAUCCCUAAUGAGGAGUCUAUCACCUCAGCUGAACUCCAGAUUUUUCGGAAACAGGUGCAUGGAGCCUCUGAGAACAACAGCAGCUACCAUCACCGUAUUAAUAUUUAUGAAAUUAUAAAGCCAGCCACAGCCACCUCUAAGGACCCUGUCACAAGACUUUUGGACACCAGGUUGGUGCAUCAUAAUGCAAGUAAAUGGGAAAGUUUUGAUGUAACGCCAGCUGUUUUGAGGUGGAUUGCACAUGGACAUCCUAAUCAUGGGUUUGUGGUAGAGGUGGUUCACUUGGACAAAGCGAACAGUGCCUCCAAGAGGCACGUUAGGAUUAGCAGGUCUUUACAUGAGGAUGAAGAUAGCUGGUCUCAGCUCAGGCCAUUAUUAGUAACGUUUGGGCAUGAUGGCAAGGGACACCCGCUUCAUAAAAGAGAAAAGCGUCAAGCAAAACACAAACAGCGUAAACGCCACAAAUACAGUUGCAAAAGGCAUCCGUUAUAUGUGGACUUCAAUGAUGUGGGGUGGAAUGACUGGAUUGUUGCCCCACCGGGGUAUAGUGCCUUUUACUGCCACGGGGAAUGUCCUUUUCCGCUGGCAGAUCAUCUAAACUCAACAAACCAUGCCAUUGUUCAGACUUUGGUCAAUUCAGUUAAUUCCAAAAUCCCCAAGGCUUGCUGUGUGCCGACAGAACUGAGUGCUAUUUCCAUGCUCUACCUUGAUGAGAAUGAAAAAGUUGUAUUAAAGAACUAUCAAGAUAUGGUUGUGGAGGGUUGUGGGUGCCGCUAACCCAGCAAAUAUAUUAGACAAAUGCAAAAAAAAAAAAAAGCUGACACUUUAAUAUUUCCCAAUGAAGACUUUAUUUAUGUAAUGAAAUGGAAAGAAAAAAAACACAACUAUUUUGAAAAUAUAUUUAUGUCUACGAAAAAGUUGGGAAAACAAAUAUUUUAAUCAGAGAAAUAUUCCUUUAAAGAUUUUAAAUGUAUUUUAGUUGUACAUUUUAUAUGGGUUUAACCCCAGCACAUGAAGUAUAAUGGUCAGAUUCUUAUUUUGUAUUUAUUUACUAUUAUAACCACUUUUUAGAAGAAUAGCUAAUUUGUAUUUAUAUGUAAUCAAAAAGAAAAAAUAUAGGGUUUGUACAUAAUUUUCCAAAAUUGUAGCUGUUUCAAUUGUGUGUAUUUAAGUUGAAAAGAAUACAUGGAAGGUUUCUAUGGCAAAGUGCAUAGCACAUUUGCUUUCUGCUGUGCUACUGUUAAGGUCACAAGUUCAAGUCCAGAAAAAAGUGGAUAAUCCACUCUGCUGACUUUCAAGAUUAUUAUUUUGUACAAUUCUCAGGAAUGCUGCAGGGUGGGCUGUCCAAUCCAUGAGAACUGGCAUCCUCUUUAGGUGGAACAUUUGGAUAAGAACCAGACGUUGCUGAUCUAGUAUAAAUACUGCUAUUCCCAACUAAUUUGCAGUGUGAAUAUAAGAAGGACAAUAGAAAUCCUACGGGAGGCAGGGGUGGGGGAGGAAUGAAUCCUUUCUAGACCUACAGAAAAGUGAAUGUUUGAUGUUUCCUUUAAGAGUCCUUCCUUUAAAAGUCCUGGCCAAAUAUAAAAUAAUAAAAACUAAAAUGUCAUCCUUUUUUUUUUUGUGAUUAUGUAUACUAAAAAGGAAUACUUAUCUUAUUUGUACUGGCCCUUGUCUUGAACAGUCGGAAAAGUGUUGCAUAUUUUCUCACCUCAGGUGAGCUCACUUCUGUGCAGUGUUACAGUGAAAUUAAUCUUCGUUCUUUUGCUUCGUUCUUCUUUGUUUAUGUACAACAAGCUGUUGUUGUAUGCAGCCUCCUAUCUAAACUCAGCUGAUGGUCCUGCUGUUUUGCAGAUCAGCUUGUCUUUCUUCCUUUCCAGGGUUUUGUGCUCAAAAGCUUCUUCCCCUCUACCUCCCCCAAUGUUUAAAUCUGUUUUAGAUAAUAAAUCACAGAACUCAGAUAUUACUUUCCGAAAAGUCCAGUCUGUAAGAAAAAAUUAUUCACUUGUGCAGUCAUCACAAGGAUAACUUGGGCUUACAUCUUCUUACUUUUAAAUCCUUCAUGCGAAAGCAUGAUUUGCAGUAGGCAAACACAGCUUUAGAGCUAAUACUUACUGUUCCUGUUGUAGAGUAGGAGUCUGGUAUGUCAGUCGGGUUACAGCUAUAGAACCCGGGACAAGCAUGCAGAGACUGGGUCACUUGUGAAUGCUGUGCUGAAAUAGUAGAGCGGGAGAAUAAUUAAAAUUGGCUUCUUGGUGACCCACUGCAAAGUCCUGUUCAUCCUGGGAAGAGGAUGAGAUUGUGUUAGACUGCUAGUGGCAAGUUCCUGCCUGUUUCAGGAGUUUCUCUGAUGUCUUUAGUGGAUAUAUAAGGACUCUGUGCUGAUACCUCCAGACAUGUCAGAACUCCCUUGCGCUCCAUGGAUACAUUUCUGAGGCAGCACUUCCUAAAGCCGUGUGUACAGUUGGCCCAUUAGAGACUUCUUUAAGUCAACUUCAGGAAUCUCUGAUUUGGGCCUCCUAUGAACCUAACUUUAUUAACAGGAACUUCUUUUUUAUAGCCCUCCCCAAACUCCUCUAUCACUAGACUCAUCUGGGUUACAGUGGUGGUACUAAAUAGGUUUGUUGAUCAGAAAGGCAAACUCGAUGAUGUCUUACAGGUCUUAUAGAACAAUUCAUUACUGCUAAUCAUCACAAAAAGCAAUGGGUACCAAGGGUAGGAGAGAAAAACUGGUUUCCUGUUGGAUGCUUCCAAUUGUUUCUUGAGAGCUUCAAUGUCUUAGGCUAGCUGUAAGUUUCUGUGGCAAGAAAAAAACUUACGUAUGUCUUUGUACCAGCAGUAUUUUUAAUAGCUGGUGGAGAACAAUCCACCUCUCUGCAGUUUGGUUCUGCUUAUUUUUGAGAGGUACAUGAUGUUGGUCAUGCUGAUACUACAUAGUUCACUGGGUGGACAGCCUUUCUUUGUUUUUUCCAAAGUCCACUGCUGUUCUGUUGGCUAAUGUUUCAAGGAGGAGCAGAAAUUUAGUUUGCCUUUUGCACGUUGCAAGCUUUAUUGGUGAUGAGUAAGUUUAUGGCUGUUGCUUUUGGAAGGCUAUCAGUCACAGGAUAUGCCACCAUGAAGAUUCUUCAAGAAUUCAUUGAUUGAUUGCAAUGUGUGGUUGUGCUAGUCAAGUCACAGCAGUCCUAGCGUACUCUAUAACUCAAGCUUGCAAAAUCUGGACAUGAAAUGCUGAAAAAUUGAAGAUUGCACCAUUUUUGUGACCAGGAAAGGUAUGAUCCCAAACCUAGCAAAAUCGGUAAAGUCCUCAUGGCACUUCUAACCAGUUUCUAAAUGCCAGUGUUGCAAGGCUUAAGUUUUGCAUCUUCUAGCCCUUUGUGUGUAAAUAGAUUGAGGGAGGCUUUUUACAGAGUGGUGACUGCUUUACUUCUCUAAGGCAUGACAGCACGCUGAGGCUAAUCUUGUUUCAAAAAAAAUUGGCUACAGUGCUUGUCUAAGCAAGAGCAGUAACUGGCUCAUGGCAUGAUGCCGCAUUCCUUGUAAAGGCAAACCUCCCAUUGCUUGACGAGGAAUUGCAUCCUUAGUGAAAUUACACUGUGAGACCAAUGCAUAAUUGUAAACCUAUUGAGAUCCCCUCUUGUAAGUAUUUUUAUACCUGCUUAGUGUUAGUCGCAGAAUCAUCAAUUUCAUACUGAUUUUGAGGAGGAAAUACGCAUGUGUCAAGCUCAGCACAUCAAUAAUUUCUGCAGAAUUGGUUUCAUAAUGUAUCUUUACAUCUUUAACCUCUCUAGAUUGGAGGUGUGAGAGUUCUGCACUGCAUAGUUUGUUUAGGAUUAUAAGAAAAGAAACAAAACAGACUUUCAUAUGUAAGUAGUAGAAAAUUCUCUUAGAGAUCAGUUGAGUUCUUGAACUCUGCUAAAUAGGGUUGCUGAUCAGACAGUCCUUCCGAAAGAUUUGAGCGUUCUGACAUCCGUUAAGUCUGGUAAUGAUGCUAAAUAAUGUAAAUACUGAAGGUAUGCUGUUAACACAGAACUCCAGUACUUAUUUUAGUUCUUUAGUAUUUAUUAGCAUAAUAGUGCUCUACAAGAAGAAAUGAAAUUUUUUUACUCUUGAGAGGAGAAAAAGCAGAAGACCUGGAAGUCAAUACUGCCUUUAUUAUCCUAUAGCCUGCUUCCCCUAAACAUAUUGCUUCUAGGCACUUAUAUAAUCUAUAUAGGCAGAGAUUGUGAUAGAUAAUGUCACCCUUUGUGCAUUUCAGAUAAGCAUCUCUCUAAACACAAAUGUGAUCAGCAUCUCUCCUUGUCCUUUUGAGACUCAGUAACAGCUUUGUCGAAUGGCUUGAUAAUUUUUGCGCAAAAUUCAGUUGGACUUCUGUGGUCAGCAGCAUGUAAAAAUGACAUGGGAAGAUCUUCGGUUGAGGUAAGCUCUCCUGAGAGCAGUGGCCAUUUUCAUCAAGCAGGAUCUGCUCCACUGUGCUCAUCUGGGCUUGUCAUAACCAGGCGUUGAGACCUUUCCUGCUCAUAUGAUAAUUGAGUUUGGGUGUCCACAGGCUUAUCACCUGCAUCCCCCCUGCUAGGCAGAUAGAGGUCUCACUCAUGUGAUCGGUACUGAUGAGGCAUGGAGAGGAACGUGAUUUACUGUACUCUCAGUUUUGAAGAAGGAGCUCAUCUGGACUGCAUUUAUGUUAGACUCACUUUGCUAUGCUAUUAGAAGAGCAUAAUUAUUGAACUAUUUUAUUGUACAGCUAUUCCUAAAUUGUUGAUUUUGAGGGGUUUUUUUUUAUUGAUUUCAGGAGGCAGCUAAUUGCCAUAUGGCAGCUUGAUGUUAAUGUUUUAUGAAGAUCAGGAAACAAAAGUUUAUGAAAAGCUUUUGUAUAGUAACUGCAAAGUUUCAAAAACUGUUUUAUACUUCCUGACAGUGCAGGUCUGGCUUAAUGGUUUGUUUUUAUUGCUUAAGAGUGUAAACCUUUCUUUAGCCGAUGUGUGGAAAUUAUAUCCUCAUCCCACAUUACGCAUUUCUCAUUGCUCAUUACUCAUUCCCUGUUUCAUUUCUGCCAUCUGUAAUCAGAGCUUUACUGUUUCAACUGCAUGCAAAAUGCUCCUGUCCUUUGUGCAGUAAGAUACUCUUCCUUAGCACUCACCCACAUUUUGUAAAAAAGGGGAGGGAGAGAAGAAAAGAGUUAAAAAGAAAAAAAAAAAAAGGAGGAAAAGCCUACUCUGUAUUGUUUUUCUCUGUUUUGGGUGGAGUCUGUCUUAGAUUCUGGUUGCUAGAUGGUUUCUGUAGUAACAAGCAGAGAAAAAUUCAAGACUGAAAAGGCACUUUUAAAGGUGCCAUAUCUUGCCUGGAGUAUUAUUUAUCUAAUUAUGGAUAUAGAAUAUUUUUCUUCCCAUUUAUAUUAAGGCUACCCCUUUUGGUAGGGCAGACUGCUGCUAUGAGAACUUGAUUUGUUGUGUUCUUACAACAUGAGAACAUUUGAACCCUGAAUCUUGUUCCCAGUUGACCUAAGCUGCUGAAAAUAAUGAUGAAAAGCCAAAGGCAUUAAAAUAUAUUUUUAAAAAUGUUAUAAAUGGUUGUUACAGGCACAAGCCACUUUGUUUUUUUUUAGUUACAUAGGAAAUAAAAAAGAAGCUAGGUUCAGAAGGACGCUUGGAGUUUACAUAUUAUUCCUGUAAGGAGAGUGUUGCAUGAAAGCAUCAGUCUUUUAUUUUCAGACUGUUAUGUACAAGGAAAAAAAUCCAGCUCAUAUCCUUAGUCUGCUGUACUCCAUAUACUUUUGUUUACUUCUUCUAAGAGGUUUUGCAGGUGUAUGAGAAAGUAACUCUGUGUGUGUGUCCUCUACAUAUGCUUUGCUUGGGCACAAAAAGAAUUCAAAAAUUAUUUUAAGUUUUCUUCUUUACUGUCUCUUAAAUACUAAUCCUUUGUUACCUGUAUUCCUGACAGCCUUGUCUGCAAGAAGCAGUUAUGGUUUCCUAAGGUGGAGUUUCCUCUCUUUUUGGAAUCUAGUCACCUGUCAGUGCCCUCCAGGAUUUAGCAACCUUCUGUCUGCAAGCCUUGUACAAUGCUCGCUUAGAAAAGCAGGUACACUGAUUUUUGUCCUGUUCUGUGCCCUUCACAAAGGUGAACUUGUCUCUGCCUCCGGCAAGAAUCAUGGUUUGGGAAGGGUCUGAAGGUUUGCACCCACUGUGUGCAGCAGGAGGCACCUUGUAACAGCAGGGACCAUGUUUGAAACUUGCUAGAAGUCUGAGGGCCAAAGAUGAUUUGCAUCUGUAUUUACAUAGUGCUGUGAAGGCACUCAGCUGUAAUUCGUGUCCAGGCUUGUAUUGCCCUCGAUAGAUGAACAGAGGCUGAAAGCUGUUUGGCUCCUCCAGGGGUAUGAAACUUGCAGUGGGUCAGCUUGGUUCUCAGCUCAUAAGGCAGGAUAGGGAUGAGGUAUAAUUUUACUCUUCCUACUUUAUUCUAGUGGGGGCUUCUGCAAAAUGUGCUUGGCUGCCUGUACGGAAAUCAGACCAGAGCCACUGGGUUAAGUCUGCAGUUGGGUAUAUUGGCUUAGCUCCAGAGAAGCAGCAUAUCUGUGGUUUUGUAGUUUAAAAAAAGGCAGGGUUUUUUUAUGAGCACAAGUUGUAAGGGAGGGAAGUGGGAAAGGGCCCCACGGCUCUUGAAGCUGAAAGUGUUAAAAGUUUCUAGAGGGACUUCAGGUAGAGAGAUCAGAGCAGUGAAUUGAUAACAUUCUGAAAGUUCAGGUUCCCACAACAGCUGGACUGUGGUAGAUUUACAAUUUAAUGAGGCUGAUAAUCCUAUUAGAGAUUAAAUUAAGAAGGUUUUUCUGGGAGAUCACCAAGAAAAUUAUGAAUAUUGUACUGUAGCUUGAGUUGUAAUGCCAAGGCAGUGGAGAGCUGACAUGUACUUCUUGCACUGCAGGAUACUGUUUCAUUCAGUGUGUCUCAUUAAAACAGAGCAUUCAACUCCAGGAGUGUUUCACUACAAAUGGAACCGAACGUAUUAUUAUUAAUAUUACUGCUACUAUUAUUACUAUUGUUGCCAUCAUCCUGGAAACAACCUGUAGAUUAAAAGAUGGAAAUAAUCAACCAGAUCUGCAAAUUGGUACAACUCUAUGGACUUCGUUCUCAGAUGAUCUGGUCUCUUUUAUUAAAGCAAAACCUUAGAAGGCAGGGUCACCACGUAUAAAAUAUGAUGUAUUUAAGGUAACUAUUGACCUAACUGUAGUAGCUUUGCACUUGCAGAAAACCAUUUUUUAUGGCAUCCUGCACACCCUAGUGAUGGGAAAGUGUUGUAUGGAAUAAUGACUCUGUAACCACAGACUUUAAAAGUAUAGAAUGUCUGUGGCAUGAUGGAAAUGGCUGUUUCCACAUCAAUAAUAUACAGACAGGCGUACUGAAGCUUAAUUGCAAGGCCAAUGGUGAUGAGAGGGGGAAGGGAUAUCUGACUGCGGCCGCUCCAAACACGCCGGCUGAGCAGAAUGCCUCUGCUUUACAGUCAGAAACAAUGAUUCAUUUCAUUAUAAUCUUGACUUUUGCAUUUUUCUCAUGACUUAUCAAUAACUUCGUAUGGGACUUCAUAGACCAAAGGAGUUAUUGACUCCUUAGGAAUUAGGAAGAGAGACAGGGUAUGUAUUAUUUCUUAUAAACAUCGCUCUGGCUGUUGUUUUAAAAUAUUCUAUUUUAAGGACAGUUUUAAGAUUUUUUUUCUUCUUGCAUUUUCUCUCUUUGUUUGAAUGAAAAGAUCAUUUACUUAAAGCAGUCUCUCGUUUUAAAAGCCCAGCUUUUUUGUCCAUUUUCAUGAAGAAUCCUCAUCUUGUAGAUGACAUCAUAAUGUUAACAUGAAGGCAGUUAUGAUGACACAAACUGUUACUGUUGGACCAGGUCCUAAUGCACAUGGAGAUUGUUUUCCCAGCCCUAGCACUGUAAAUAAAAGAUGGGCCCAAUAGCUUUAAGUGAAAAAUGAGCAAUUAUGUUCUGCAAAAUACUGGUGGUAUUGAUACUCUUUUAUCCUUUUUGUUCAAAACCUUGGUUACUGGAAUGGCAAGUAUGUUGUCAUUUUACUGCUUUCAGUGCACAGAUUAUUUGCAUCUUGCAGAGUUGCUUUAAAACUUCCCCUGCUGGAAUUUUGUGAGGAUGCCAUGGGGCCUGAGAUUCUUAAAAAGAAAUUUUCCUCACACUCUCUGUGGAGAAGCCUCAGAAUGCCACCUUGAGACUCAAAUCAGAAGGAAAGGGAACUGAAGUUAUCUUCUUAACCAGUGGUAGUUUUAAACAAUACUGUCAGUUUUGGUUACUUACGAUUAGACACUUGUUCUAGAUAUUAUUACUGAGAGGAGGAUCAAAGACUAAUUGAUUCAUAUUUCCCGCCAUGGUGACUUUUUUUAAUAGUUUUCUUUUUUAAAAAAGUUAAUUGUUAACUACUUCUUGACAUGCUGGGCAAAGAAGUCUCCCAGGUUUGCAGAUGAAAAGAUUUUCAUCUUUGAAAAUAUAACCCAAAUGUACCCUAGAGGGCAGAGUCAUUUAGAGAGAGAUCGUGCACACCUGCUGAGUUACUGAUUCAUGCCCACUGCAGAAUUCCUCAUUGAAAGGGACCAAGCCCUGGGAAAAUGGUGUUGAGAGCAUGGGUGAAGCCUUCUGUUUUUCGUCAGCAGCAAAAGCUGAGAAAGUGGUCCGUGACUGUGCUCUGUGCAGGUUCUGAUGAAAACCUCACAAACCAACCAACUGAAAACCAUUAAAAAAACCCAGUAGUUGAACAACUCCAUAUAACUCAGCAGGUCAUUCUGCUGACAGGUAGCUAUUGCAGCUCUUGCCUGGUGGAGGGUCUUAGCCUUUUUUUGAAGGUUAGAUUUAAUUUUCAAAUAGAAGCAACUUAACUUGUGCUAUCAAAGAAAAUAAACCGGGUUCUACCCUUCCUUGGAGCCUUCUCCUCUUGAGAUCUGAGCUGUGUAGUGGAUUGCUGCCAGCUUUUCAGUCCAACCGGUAAGAAAAAAUUUGUUGUCAGGACAUUCUCUGUGAGCUUAAGCAUCUGGGAAGGUCUUUCCAGCUCCUCUUGUAGGCAAGUACUUCCUUGAGGGUUUGGGGCUCCUUUCCUCUCUUUACCCCAUUCAUGUGAGAAGGGAGUGGGAAAAAAAGGGUCAAAUACUGGGACACUUUGAAGAGUAUGCCUUUACCAAGCUUUGGUUUUUCUGUCUUCCUGGAACUCUCAUUCCAUGAUCCUGGCUUUCUGAGCCAAUUGUUAGCCCAAGGCCAAACCCUUCACCUUGGGCUAGAUAACAAAAGCAUAGCUGAGGUGAUCUUGACUCCUGUAAAAAGGAUGUCUACUCUUUGAUGCACUCAGAAUGAGACACAUGAUUCAUUUCAUUUCCAGAGGUUGUUCUUAGCAUGGGAAAAGAACAACCUCAGUGAUAAAAAGUCAGUGUGUUAACUCUGUGUGUGUGUGUUUUCUCUGUUGAUCUGUCUUCCAUUACAUUCCCCAACCUAAAGGAUGUUGGUGUACCUAGGGAAAACCUGAGGCUGAAUCCCAUCUGGGAAGUUUUAUUUUAUGUAGCUACAUCAGCUCAUACCAAGGCCUGAUGGCUUUGUGCCAACAGUAGGAAUGGACCUUCAGAAAACAUAGCUUUCUGACUUGCAGCUCUAAAUGAGAGGAGUGUGUAAUGGGAGUGUGUGCUCAAGAGAAAGUAAGUUGAGAUCAGGUUUAUUAAUGGAUAUCAAAACUGGCUUGUUAAGCACAGCCCUCUUCCACGUGAAGACCCCAGAAGCAUGAGAAAGGCCAAUGAGAGUCAUACAGAGCUAAUGUCUGGUAGUGCUAUGUGCUGAACCUCUUCUGUCUCUGAUGUGGAGACCUCUCCCACAGAUCCUUUCAGAGCUUUUUUUGUUGUGUGAGGACUUUUACUCCGUAUGCUCCAUUGCUGAAGUCUCAGAACCCCUCUGAAUAACUUUAAGGGAUUAUUUUGUACUGUAGUCUAGGAAGCCUGGUGGCGACAAGCAUAGCAUCACUGGUGGCUGCAGUGUCAGGUGGGCCCAGUCAUAAAAGGCAGUGGAAUUCACAGCUAAACUGACAGCAACAAGAUGGCUUUUGGUGGCUAAGCCUGCUAAAAGGAAAUGCUGCUAGUCAAAUACUGCAUCAGGGAAAAAGCAGGUCUACCAGACCAAGUACAGGAGAGACAGCAAACUUUAUUCUGCCACAGACCUGGAGCAUGCCAGUAGAAAAGUCCCUCACUGUCCUUGUGCACUAAUUCUCAAAUAGCUUUUCUCUUGCCUUGUAAGUGAUUUGUAAUGAUAUGUACCUUAAAGAAUUUGGAGAUGCCUGAAUGCACUGCUGUUUAUCCUGUAGGGUAGAGAUAGAUAACUACAUUAUAUGGCAUAAUAACAGGUUUCGUCCAUUGGUAACCUGUUUGCAUGUGGGCCAGGUCUGGCCAGUAUUAAAUUGGAAAGCAAAGAUGGCUUUGUGAUUAAGGUGCUGGAGUGGGACGCUGGAAAUCUGGGUUCAAGUUGUGGGUCAGCCAUAAACUCCCUGUGUGACCUUGAGCAAUGUAAUUAUUCUGAGACUUCAAAGGUAUCUAAACAAUUUGGACACCUAUUUUCCAGUCAUUUUAAUUAACUGGGAUGCUUUGAAAUGCUCAGCUUUAAUCUCUCCAUGGUUAGGAUUCUCAUUUGUAAAACUAGGAUAAUGAUAUUUCCUUGCACACGAAGAGGAUGCGUGCGUUAAUGUUUGGGAAGUGUGCAGCUGCCCAAAAUGCAGCAGAUGCAGAGCUUGCAGGGAGUUUAGUGAGGGAAGCGUGCUGAGUUUUGCAGGUGUGGGUCUCAAAAACAUGUGUGGGUGCUACACACAGGACAGACAGCCUGUUCCAGUGAGAUUUGUUUAUGUGUGGGUAUAAACAGGGGGAUAGUUACUUACCAUGAUAUAUUACCAUCAUAUUGGUUCAUGGGAGAUAAAUACCACUGCAAGUAAACUGCAAUCAAAAUAUUUACUGAGUGGAGCAACUCAUUUAUUCAAUAUUUCAUUUAGCUCCAUAACAACAUCUUGCAGUUCCUUUAGAGUCUUGCCAUUCUUUAAUAGGGAAUAUUAAACUUUUACAAGAUAAAAUGACUAGUUAUUAACAUUUCCAUUUCUGUAGCUUUACUUCAUAACAAGCCAUAUUCCCCCCUUUAACAUCACCUACGGUUAUGUCCCUUUGCCCGGUGUUACGUGAUUGUGUAAUGAAAAGCCUGUAAUGCACACAGGCAGAGGGAAGGGUUAAAAGAGCCAAGGGAGCCUUUAAUUCCUUCUUUUUCUGACUUUUGUGGGUUUAACACACAAUCUUAACAUUCCAUUAGUAAGUAGUUGCAUUUUUUUCUUUUUAACUUAAGAGAUUAAAGGUUCCUUCAGAUUUUACAUUUUUUCACUACUCUCUUUAGUCACGUCAGUUUUGUGUGCUAGGUACGCAGGAAAUGAAAAGCUGUCCACAGUAACCAUUGUGCUACUCUCAGAGCUGAGUGAUGAAUGUUUGGGAGAUGCCUGUCCAUAGGAGGCUGUCUUUCCCAAAAGAAUGUCUGUCCGGUUAGAGAAAUGCUUCAAAGGACCUAGGACUUGGGGUAUUCGCUGGCCUUUGAGAUGACUGUCACCCAGCGCCUUUGACUGCAUGCAAAACACUACAGUGUUAAACUCUGUAGGAACUUCUGAUCCUGCUUAUUACAAAAGUUAUUGGUAUGUCAGUGCUAAAUAUUUGUUGAAUUGAGGUUUCACUAUUUAAAUAUGAAGGAAAGAGACAGCUGUUGCUCUGAACAGCUUCCACUGAAUCCACAGUUGCAUCUGUGACUUCAGUAGGAAUCAAAUCAGAGUCCUUUUCAUUGCUCUGUCCAUUGACUUACUAUAAUGACUGCUCUGUAGACAAGAAAAACUGACUCUCUCACUUCUUGUUAGCAUCACGCUAGGAUGUCAAUGGAGUAAAUUGUUAUUUAUCAUAAGGAAGUCUCAAAUCUGGCUGUCAAGAUACGCUUUUCUCUUGAAAUUUGAUUUUCAAAGCAACCAUGAAUCAGUGCUUUUUUAAUGUGCUGACCUGUAUGCUUUCAGGAGAGGUGACCAAGUGUUUCUCCGUUUUAUUCUGAAGACUGUAUUACAAGUAUCCUCAGUAUGGACUGGCAAAUUUUACUGUAAAACUUCAGUGAAAUAAGAGAGUGAAAACUCUGGCUGUAGUUUUCUGUCAGACUUAAAGGAUUUAGAGUGGUAGCCCUUAUUACUCAAGAUUUUCCUGUUACUUUGGUUUAGUUUUACUGAAGUGAGCGGGUAAGAAGUACUGACAUUAUUACUUUGUAUUGUGUACAAGGAAAUAUAAUCUCUAAAGAUUUUGCAGAAGAAUAAUUUAUGAUUAAGUAAACAUUUUCAGACACUCUCACCUUGUAGAAUAUGAUCAUUUCUCUGUUUGGUAGGUGCAUAGUUUUAAAAUAGAAGCAAACAAAGCAGGAAAGGAUCAUGCCCUUAGAUAAAGAAAACUGCCUCUGGAU